AUGAGUGCCGUGCAACCGCCAAGCGUGAGCGCACCUCCUCCAUCGUCAGAUUCUGUGCCCGCGCCUGGCGUCGUCUCUGACUUGCGUCCCACCGGAGCUGCUCCCGAUGCAGGGACAACCAGCAACACCACCGCUGCCCAGCAGAGCACUACGACAACCACGACGAGCGCUACGCCCCAUAAAUCCGUGAGGAGCUUCUUCGGUUUCGGCAAGAAAAAGGACGAGGAAAAGCAGAAGAAAAAGGCCAAUUCGCCCACCGCGCCGAUCCAGACCAUGGCCCAGUCCUCACCCAUUCAUUCUCCCCUCACUAUUAGUGCCUCAUCCUCUCCUCGGCGGGGUACCCUUUCGUCAGCUCAUCGUCUUUCGACGACGAUUCCUCACUCUCCCUCGGGUGGCCUCAGCUCCCCCGCAUCUUCGUCUAUUUUCGAGCGAGAUGUCCAAGAGAGCGCCGUACCCGCACAGAGUUCCACUGCGAUCCCUUCUCACAUCCAGACCGAGAACCACAUUCCGCCCGUACUCGAAGCUUCGGCCGAGGCCAUUACGGAUACUAAGCUCGACCCCGAUAAUGUUGAAAUUGUUACUCACGCAGCCCACCAACCGGCCGGUGCCACGGUUGCCAAUGCGCUCGGAAGCAAUGGUUCGGAAGUUGGAGGCCCAGCUUCCUUAGACACCCAGCUGGCUCAGCCACCAUCACAGCAUCCUGAGCCGGUCGACUUGAGUGCACCGAUGCACUCGAGCAUGGAUCCCAACGACGUUCGGCGGCUAAGUUUUAUCUCUUUUGCCGAUGUCGUGCAAGCGGAGCAGGGCGAGCACGCCAUGAGCGAUUCGGGUUUCCUCCUGGGCAGCCCUGGACCUGCCGCAGCCUCUGUGCACUCAACCAAGCGCUCGCCCUCUCCCGGCCGAUCUCCGCCUGUCUCGCCGCCGGCCGGCGGCUCCCCACCUCUGAGUGGAACCGCGUCGUUUCAGGGCAUCGAGGGUUCACCUCGACGUGGUCUCCGUGGCUCAGGCAGCCCUGUACCCCACAGCCCGUUGUUGCCCCACAGUCCUCAGGCUGGGGAGUUUAAUGUCGAGACGAUGCGACAAGCACUGCGCAAGACUGGCAGUGGGGAUUUGAGCAUUGGCCGGCAUCCCUAUGCGACUGGCCCUGGAAGCACCGACGAGGCCGCCACUUCGGAUCAGCUGUCAAGAUGA